GGCUUUAACUGGAAAACAUUGGAUGACGGCAGCAGCUACGAGAUACAUACCAAGACCUUCAGUGGGACGCUGGGAGUAAUCGUCACGCACCGAAGGGACCAGAUCUACAGGCCGUGCAUCUUGUUUUGGAAGAUCGACAACAGAUCUAUCCACAAGAUGCUCAAAGCAGUCUGCGGCCCCGGUUACUCCAGUGUAGUCAACAAUCUACGUCAGCGAGAAGACCAGCUGCCGUCACUCCGAGAUACUCCAGGCUCCCCGAAGUAGAACCAACCUUACCUAGGACAGAUGCCACUGUUUGGUAACAAGUUUUCACCCAAGAAAACUCCCCAACGUCGAGCCAGUUCACUGUCUAAUCUAAACCUAGACGCGACACAGUCACGGACAGAAUUCGGGUUAGAAUAUGGUGCUGUAAAGCUCAAUUUAGGAGGUCAUGAUGUCAGCUUUGAGAAUGGAAUGUGGAUACACGAAAGCGGUGGAGGAGGAGCUAGUCAUAAAGAGGUUACUAAGCUACGCAAAGAGAACUACUGUCUGCAAGAAGAAAAUAACUUUCUCAAAUUAAAAAUCGAUAUCCUUCUCGACAUGGUGAGUCAUAUUGUUUUAAACUUGUAACCAAUUCAAAUAAAAAAGAAAAACAUUUAAAUGUCUACCUUAUUAAGGUUUCAGAAUUUCAUAAAAAUUUAAAUAAAGAUGAAAAUAAAAAAAUAAACAUUUGUUAGAUUAUUAUGGGUUCAGAAUUAAUUAAAUAGAGAAUAAUACAUGAGUUGCCGUUAGAU